AUGCCUUUAAAAUAUUAUUAUGUUGUUCUAAUUGGUCGUACUCCAGGUGUUUAUAAUACUUUAGAAGAAUGUGAUGAACAAGUGAACAACUUUACAUCAUCGUACUAUAAAAAAUUUUUAACGAUAGAAGAAGCUAACGAAGAAUUCGAAAGAUAUCAAACAAGAGUUAAAAGAAAGCAAGAAAAAUUAAAUUCUGAUGAUAAAAUAAUUAUAUACACAGAUGGUUCCCAUAAAAACAAUCAAAAAGGAUCAUAUGCUGGUAUCGGAGUUUAUUAUGAAGAUAGAAGUAAAGAAAUCACUGAACCUUUACCUGGAGACUUACAAACCAAUAAUCGCGCAGAAUUAUAUGCAGUAAUUCGUGCAUUGGAAACAUGUGAGGAUCAAAAUAGAGUAAUUGAGAUUAAAUCAGAUAGCCGAUUUGUUGUUAAUUCUCUUGAAACAUGGAUUCAUAAAUGGAAAAAAAAUGGAUGGAAAACAGUAAAAAAUCAGAAUGUAAAAAAUAAAGAUUUGUUUACAAAGAUUGAUUUUUUAUUGACCAAAAGACUCAGACAAGUAUAUUUUACACAUAUUUUUGGUCAUAAAGGUAUUAAUGGAAAUGAAAUAGCAGACAAAUUAGCUAUACGUGGUGCUACUAUUAAAAUGAAUGAGAGUAAAAAAUUAUCACCUUACAAUGCAUUUAUGAAAACAAAUUUACCCAUUGUUAAAAAGAACAAUCCAAAUUUAGAACAUAAGAUGCGUUUAAAUUAG